UGUUCUUACCUUUUUACUGUGAUAAAUUAGUAAAUUUUUCAAAAAUCACUUUUGUUAUUUUUCAUCAUACUAUUUGGAGUUUAGGAAAUUUCGAGAUUUUUGGAAAUAGUUAAGAAGUUUGGGGUGUGUUGUGAUUUUGUGAGAGAAAAUAAGAAUUUGAUGCGAUAUUUUUUGAAAAACUUGGAAAUGAUAAAUAUUGUCAAAACUUUCAAAAGUGUAUGAAAUAGAGCCUAUAUUUUUCAAAAAAACAUAUCAAAUACUUACUUUUUAUUCUACUUUUUUUCAAACUCCAAGACAUUUAUAAACACUUUCAUUCAUCAUGCAACACUUUUCGCCAUACUUAUUGCUCAGAUUAAAUACACGUAACUACUUUUACGUGAUGGUGUAGACGGCCACUGAAAAACCUUAGAUGGCAUUAUAAUGAUAGUAACCUCUUUAGCGUUCCUAGUUUUACUUUCUUGGUUCUUUGUGGUACAAGAAGCUGAAUUGAAAUGAGUAAGUAUUAGGAUGUACUACUUUUUGAAAGCAAGUAUGGAUAUAAAUAUGCUGAGUAGUGUAUAGUGUGUCUAAACAUCGUAUAUAUGGAUGACUCCUUGUGUGUGGUCAUUCCAUAAAUCAUGCUCAGUUGACAUCAGUUUUAGUAUACUGACAUUGUUUUCUGCAGUACACUAAAAUUGGCACGGUGUCUCCUACACGCUAAAAUGAAUUUUAUUGGGUACUGUAGAAUUUCCCACCAAAAAUUGCGGACUUCUUGAAAGUUGUAUGAAGAAAGUAUAUAUUUCUCAAUGUUCUCACUAAUCAAUCAAUGAUUGUCGUGAAACAAAUCAUUUAUUAAAUAAAAGCAAGUGAAACUUUGAACUUUAUCUUCCAUUAGCACAAAGUGCUUUGGUGCAUUUGUUUAUUGAAGGUGAGCUUUAUUUGUGUUCCAAUCACUUUAAUUUGUUCCACUAUAGAUGAAUUAUUGGUAGCCAAAAAACUAUAAUAAAUAACGGUGAAUCUUUCUUUGUUCAUGAUCAUCUGCAGCUGCAUCUACUUUCGUCAUAAACAUAUUUUUUGCAUUCCAUUUCUGUUUGUGUGGCCAUAUGAUGAAGAUAUCUGAAAAUUUUCUUCUCCUUUUAAUGAUAUUACUUGUUUUGGAGUUAGGGUGUGUUGCCAAAAAUACAUCUUUUAAUUGUGUUGCUCUCCUCAAGUUGAAAGCGAGUUUUGUCGAUCCUUCAAAUAGUUUGUCUUCAUGGAGUAACGCAGAUUGUUGCACAUGGGAAGGUGUUACCUGCAAUGAGACUUCAGGACACGUCGUCAAACUUGAUCUCCAUGGUUAUAACAACCUUGUAUCGAAUGAUAUCACAUGGGUUUCCAAUCUUACAUCAUUGGAGCUUCUUGAUUUGGGCGGGGUUGGUCUUAGUCGAAAUAAUGACUUAGUUGAGGUACUCGCUGCGCUCCCUUCUUUAUUAAAGUUUCGUAUGUCUAGUAGUGGACUUAACAAUAGUCAUCUAUCCCAUGCCUGCCAAAAUUCGACAAUCCUUUCGCGUGUCCGAGUCUUGGAUCUUAGUUAUAACUCAUUUGAUGGAGAAGUUCCUUGCUUUCUUCAUAAUAUAACUUCAUUAAGGUUUCUUGAUCUUUCGAACAAUCACUACAAUUUUUCUCCCACCCAUUUUCCUAGAUUGAAAAACCUUGUAGAUCUCAACCUUGGGAGCAAUGCUAUUAAUUGUUCAUCAAAUUGGAUCUCCGAACUCAUGUCUGAUAAAUGUCACUUGGAGUCGUUAGAUCUUUUCGAUAAUUUCUUUUAUGGAGAGAUCUCGGGAGCUUUCAAGAACAUUUCUGGAUGUUGGGGUCAAAACUUGAGGACACUAAGUUUGGGUUUCAACGGCUUUAGUGGUGAUUUACCUAACGAGUUCGACAAAAUCAAACAAUUGAUGUAUCUCGAACUUACUAAUAUGCUUAUUACCGGUCCGAUUCCUGAAUCUAUUGGGAACUUAUCAGGCUUAGAAGUAUUGAUUGUUUUCGUUAACAUGUUAGUUGGUUCAAUUCCAUCAUCCUUUCGAAAUUUGAAGGCAUUGAGAAGAUUGGAUAUAAAUAGUAAUCAAUUAAGCGGGGAGAUUCCUGUGUUUCUAGGACAACUAUCAAAACUCGAGUGGAUUGAUCUUUCGUAUAACUCGUUCAAUGGAACGAUUUCUGAGGCUCAUUUUGCCAAGCUCUCGAAAUUGGAACACCUCGACUUAACCUCCAACUCGAUUAAUUUUACAGUUGGAUCGAGUUGGAUGCCUUCUUUUGGAUUGAAGAUUCUUCUUAUGAGAUCUUGCUACAUUGGAGGUCCAUUUCCACCAUGGCUUCAAACUCAGACUACAUUGAUUGAGUUGAAUUUAGCAAAUUGUAGCAUUUCGGGAACUCUUCCAAAAUGGCUCGGCGCCAUGAAUCUUCAAAAGUUGGACCUCUACGAUAACCACAUACAUGGCGCAAUCCAGAAGCUUCCUUCAGGAUUGACGUCAUUAGAUCUUGCGGGCAACAUGAUCGAUCACAUUCCGAGGAACAUUGGUAAUAACGUACCUCUUUUAGGCAUUCUAAUAUUGGCGCGAAACUCCAUUAAUGGUUCGUUACCUGAUUCUUUUUGUGCGAUGAGAGCUUUGACCUUCAUAGAUCUCUCGAGGAAUCUUAUAUCCGGUAAUUUGCCGGAUUGUUGGAAAAACUUUCCGGGUUUAAGUUUUCUUGCACUGUCGUCCAAUAAGCUUUCGGGCAACAUUCCUGAAUCCAUUGGAGAGGCUUAUGAUUUGUCGUGGCUUCUAUUGAGCAACAACAGCUUUUCAGGAUGGAUUCCCCCGACUUUACAGAACUGUACCGGUUUAAAAAUGUUGGAUGUAGGAGAAAAUAUGUUGUCCGGUAGCAUACCGGAAUGGAUUGGAGAUAACAUGUCGGAUAUAGAAAUUCUUCGAUUAAGGGACAAUAUGUUUCAUGGUGCGAUUCCUCGCACGCUUUGUCGAGCUUCUCGGCUUCAAGUUCUAGACCUCGGGAACAAUAAGUUGAAUGGAUACAUCCCGCGUUGCUUUGGGAACUUCUCCGCCAUGAUAAAGAAGAAUGUACUUGGCCAAUUUUAUUGGGAUCAAGAUAGUUUACGCCAAGUGUUGAAAGGAAUGGUGAUGGAGUAUAGAUGGGGAAGCUUAUUUGAUGUGGUUAAUAUGGAUCUUUCGCGCAACAAUCUUGUUGGGGAAAUCCCUCCGGAGUUGAUGGAUCUUGUCGAUUUGCGGGGUCUUAAUCUUUCGUAUAAUCACUUGGAUAAAGGAAUUCCGGAAAAUAUUGGGGAUCUGAAGUAUUUGGAGUCUCUUGAUCUUUCGAACAACCAUUUGUUUGGAAAAAUUCCCAAUAGUUUGUCGAACCUAUAUUUUCUGAGCUACCUGAACUUGUCCAACAAUAAUUUGUCGGGACCAAUUCCUAUCGGAAAGCAAUUGCAAACUCUUGAAGACCCGUCUAUUUAUGAUGGCAAUUCUCGACUCUGCGGUGCUCCGUUGCCAAAGAGAUGUCUUGGCGACGAAGCACCGAAAGGAUCAAACGAUGAAAAUGAUGCAUCAUCGGGAAAGAUCGAUUUAGAGGAUAAAAUAUGGUUGUAUGCAUUUGUCAUUGGGGGUUUUGUCAUCGGAUUUUGGGGUUUUGUUGGAUUCUUGGUCUUGAAAAAGAGUUUUAGACAAGCAUACUUUCGUUUUAUGGAAGAGAUGGGUAGCAAAACCUUGGUUUACGCGGCAUUAAUGAGGCGAAGAAUUUCAGGUAAGUGAGAUGUGCGUAUAGAGUAUGUUGCUUUCAAGGUUUGGAUUUGAGUUUGAUGUUGUAAAGUAGUUGAGACGAUCAUUGCUGAAAAAAAAUAAAAUAAAUA